CGGUCCUGCCGUGAAAACACCGUGAAAAAGACGAAGGAGAUGGACAGAGUUUGAGACGGCUAGUCGGCGGCAGCAGCGGUGGGAAGACGGAGCGCAGCGCACCGACAGCGAGCUGCAGCAGGAGCCCGCAGACCUUCCCCGCAGGUCACCCAUCAUCACACCAUGUCCCCACCGGCCCCCGGCCCUCCGAUUACCCGGCCCCUGGCCCUGGACGGGGGUAGGGGCUGGGCGAUAGUGGCGUCUGGCUUCCUGGCUCUGCUGCUGGGGUACGGCUCUCCUCAGUCGGUGGGCGUCCUCUACCCGGAGUGGCUGCUUGCCUUCGGGGAGGGGAAGGCUGUGACGGCCUGGGUGGGCUCGCUGGUGGGCGGAGUCGGACUUAUAGUGGGUCCUGUCUGCAGUGUGUGUGUGGUGAAUUUCGGUGCUAGGCCUGUCACUGUCUUCAGUGGUGUGAUGGUGGCAGGGGGGUUGAUGCUCAGUUCCUUUGCUCCCAACGUCCCCUUCCUCAUCUUCUCCUAUGGCCUCGUGGUCGGUGUCGGUGUCGGUCUGUUGUACGCUGCCACCCUCACCAUCACCUGUCUGUACUUUGACAAGAGGAGAGGCCUGGCUCUGGGAAUAGUGAGCUCAGGUACGAGUGUGGGCGGUUUCCUGUACGCCACGCUGCAGAGCGAGCUCAUCGAGCUGCUGGGUCUGGACGGCUGCCUGCUCAUAAUCGGAGCGCUGGCGCUGAAUGUGGUGGCGUGCGCCGGCCCCAUGCGCCCUCUGACCCCACCCAGAUACUACCUCAAACAGAGAGCUGCCAUCUUAGAGCGGCAGCUUCAGGAGGAGGCGGAGCUGUCCAAUCAGAAGCCUUCAGACAAAGAUCAGGGUAUCACCACGGAAACCAAGGAGCCGCCGGUCAGGAGGAGGAGUUUGUUCAGCUGCUCAUCCUUCAUCAAGACGAUUAAGAUCAAGACGAGAGGAUAUACCCAGUGUUUGUCCUCCAUGUUGUCUCUCCUUCAGGACAGGGUCCUCAUGGCGCUGUGCAUCUGUCUCUUCUUCUUCAGCCUCGCAGGUAACACCCCCCCCCAGCUCUUCCUGCAGGAACUGGCUCGGAGCUCUGGGCUGACGGAGGGCGUCGCCUCCAUCUCCCUGGUCUCCCUCUACUCCAUCGGGGGCGGUGUGGGGAGACUGGGUCUGGGCGUCAUGGCCGACAUGCCGUGGGUCGACAGCGUCCACCUGUAUGCUCUGACGGUGGGAGUGAGCGGGCUGGCCGUGCUGCUCAUCCCCUUCACCAGUUCCUACCAGGACCUCCAGGUGCUGUCGCUGGUCUUGGGUUUUCUGAGCGGGAACUGGACUCUGACUCCCUACGUCACCAGUCAGGUGGUCGGCGUGGAGAAGCUCGCCGAGGCUCAUGGGAUCCUCAUGUUCUUCGGAGGCGUCGGGAUCACACUGGGUCCUCCUGUCGUAGGUUGUUUCUACGACGUCUCUCAGUCGUACGACGUCGCCUUCUUCAUCUGUGGCGGCGGCAUGAUGGUCAGCAGCAUCGUCCUCUUCCUCGCCACUGUCUCGCUGCGACCGCAAACCCCUCCCCCUCCUUCAGUGGCCCCCGAGACCGAGCUCAACAGCUGUACAGUUACCUUGGUAACAGACGCUACCUCACCCGUCGCCUGACGGGCCUGACAACAAAUCUGGAUCCAAGUGAAGUUUACGUUUUUGAAAUCUGAACGGUGGUUCUGAACAAAGUCGAUGUUUACGAGAAGGUUUGAUUUUAGUCGAAUCAAACUUUAUUUAAAACGCACAAACACAAAGAAACUGUCCGACUGUUAGUCGAUCACAGUCUGUCCUCUCUGAGCUGGUCCUAGAACCUUCUCAGAGCCCGUUUCCAUGGUUACAGUGCCACCAUCAACCCACGUCAUUAAGUCAGUGUUUAUGUCUUCUACGUAUCGGCUUUCCCAGCAACACUAGCACCAAACACGACAACAAUGACGGCUGACUCUCCUGGCUCCUGGCUUUGUGAGUCCACAUCAGCUUCCAGACAUUUGAUGUUGAUUGUGGCGUUCACAAACGAUAACCCCGCCCCCAGACGAAGGCGGGUCUUGGUUCUAAACCAGUCUCAAACCAGUUCUCCAGUUCUCCAGUUCUGUUGCUGCAGACACGUGAACAACUGGUUCGGGAUCAAACAAUAGCUCAGAACCCGCCCUCCAAGGCUCUCAGAGGAUUCUGGGAGAUUUGGUCCAUGUUGCCUGGAAGACGAAACCCAGGGUGACAGAAGCUCUGAGUUUAAGUCCAGGUAACUUCCUUUAAACCAUUCAACUCUUCUCAGAUCAGUCUGUGUGGAUGGUUCUCAGGUUUUACAGUCUCACUGUGAGUGACUGACAAUCAGGACUGAGAUCAGUCUCAGAACCACAAAUAUUAAAAUAUUAAAAUGUUGUUUGGUGGUUCAGACGUUAUCAGCUGAUUCCAGUAUUUUGAAACUGGACUACAUUUAGGAAAAAGAAAAGGUGAAUUAUGAAAGAGUUUUAUUCUCGACGGCCUUAAAAUAACAUUUAAACUUUGAUGUUGGGAAAUAAAACAGGUAUUUAACGGGUUCAUAAUAUGAUAGUGAAGAUAUUCUUUAAUAAAACCUGCAGAUUAUUAAUCUCCAUGAACACAGGUGAUGAUGUUUCCGUUGUUUUCAGAUUAUUUCCUGUUUUUACUGACAUGAAGCUUGAGUUUAGACCUGAACAGCAGACGUCUGUGAUGUCAUUGUUGUUGUUUUUUAUAUUUCUUCUCGAAUGUUUUUUAAUCUGACAUGUUUUUAGGAUUUCUGUGUUUGUCCUCAUGGUUCCUGUUGUUGUUAUUGUUCUCAUGGUUCUGCUUUGUGUUUGUUAAUGUUGAUGCUUUUUGAAGACAAUGUCACAUCAAUGUUCAUAUCAAAGAAAAAAUGUGUGUGCACAACAGCAGGUUGUUUACAGGGUAAAAAAACAUGGAGGUUUUGUUUUAGCGGGACAGAAAUGGAAAAAAAUCAUAAAGAAAAUAAACUGGAAAAAAUAUUUUUUGGUUCCCAAUAUAAAAGUAAUGAUACAGCACAGAGGAGAAGUGACGGGACGUAAAAAGACUCUGGUCCCGUGUCAAACUCAAGAUUUUCAGACAGUAAAAACUUUAUUUGAUAAUUUCACAGAACUCAUUUAAUAUUUGAUUAGUUUAUAAAAGUUGAUCAGUUGUGAUCAACAGGAAACACGACAGGAAAGGUUUAGUGUCAACACAGAGAAGUGAAGUCAUCCAUGAGUCCAUCAGGUCCUCAGUGGUUCAGGUUCUCAGUGGAUCAG